AUGGGCAACGUGUUUGAGAACCACAGCUACAGACACGCGUCCCGAGGGCGGUCCCCACUUUCCGAAGCAGGUUCCCUGUGCCGGGCAGCGGCGAUCUACCCCAGCUGCCCCUUUCCCUGCACAAUUCCCCGCAGGCCUUGCAGCCUCAGGCCCUGCGCGGCGGGGACGGGGCAGAGCCACCUCCGUGCAGCAGCAGCCGCCCUGGCCCGGUGUCUGCGGCUGCCAAGGGAAGGAGGGCGGGGGACGCGGCACCGCGUCGCCUCUCGGACUCCUCGGGGCGGCCCGCGAUGGCGUGUGCUCCUCGUCCGUGUGCCUCCCUCCCUCCAUCCUUCCUUUACUCCCUCCCCGCAGGCAGCAGCGGCCGGGAGGGAAGGGAUCUGUCGAGAGGAGCGCCAGUUCCCGGGCAGAGCGGGGCGGACGAGCACAUGGCAGGGCCGAGCAUGGCCGCGCCAUGUUCGCUCCUUCCUGCCCCUCCCUUCCCCCCACCGCUCCCCCGGCCCUGGCGGCGCUGGGAAAGAGCCUGCUUCCCAAAGUCUUCGUUUUGCAUCAACUACAGCCGGUCUCAAAACUGAGACUGAAGUGGACACAAGUGAAAAUGAGGUUGUUGCCCCAAACUUCACUAACAGAAACCCUCGGAACUUGGAGCAGAUGGCCCUGGCUAGGAAGGAGCGUGGCUGGAAGACAACAUGGCCAAAGCGUGAGUUCUGGCACAGAUUGCGGCUUGAGCGGACACAGCAUUACGUAGAAGCCUUUGUCGAGCGCUCCAACGGGGAUGUUGUGGUAUCUGCCUCUACCCGAGAGUGGGCCAUAAAGAGACACUUGUACAGUCCCAAGGGAGUAGCUGCAUGCAAAAACCUUGGCCGUGUGAUGGCACAGCGCUGUUUGGAAGCAGGAAUCAACUUUGUGAACUUUAAAGCCAUUAUCCCCUGGGAACACCGUUGUGACUCGAUUCAGGAAUUUGAGAAGGCUAUGGAGGAGGGUGGUGUUGUUCUGCAUGAGCCACGAAGAAUCUACCGGUAAAAUGGAGACCUUUGGGAAGACUUUCCAAGGAACAAAGAUCACUUCUUUAGCUUUGUGUACUGGUAGAGGGAAGGUCCAGAGCUGGAAAAAGUCUGAAU